AUGGCGAACGACUCGGAAUCGAAUACGCGCCCGGACCAUAUCAAGGCCAGUGAUCAGGCCCUUCAGGAUGCGCGAGAACUCACAUAUCUCGGCCACGAGCAGGCCCUGUCGCGAAAGUUUGGCAUGACGAGCAUGCUCUUUCUGGCCAUAUCCGUACUGGGCACAUGGUCAACUUUCGCGCAGGGCCUUUCCAGCGGCCUGACGAGCGGCGGGCCCAUCUCGAUCCUCUGGGGCCUCGUGCUCGUGAUGGCGUGCAAUGUCUGUGUCGCUGUGUCGCUGGGCGAGCUGUGCAGCAGCAUGCCGACGGCCCUUGGGCAGGCGUACUGGGUGUAUCGGCUGUGCCCUGGCCCGUUCGGUCGCUUCGCGUCUUACCUUUGCGCCUGGGUCAACACUUUUGGCUGGUGGACGCUUUCAGCCUCGCAGCUCGCAUUCAUGACCAACUUCAUCCUCAGCAUGAAGGUUCUCUUCGUUCAAGACUGGGCCACGGCCGGUGUUGGUUGGGUCAACUUCUUGCUCUAUCUGGGCAUCACCGUCGUGGUGACGGUCAUCAACCUGGUGGCCUGUCGUCGAGAUUUUGUCCUGCCAGCCUUCAACAACUUUGUGGGCGUCUGCUUCAUCGCGCUGUUUUUUAUAUUCUGCCUGGCGCUACUCAUAUCGGUCGGUGUGAGAGACGACUUGGAAUUCCAACCCGCGUCGUUCGUUUUCGGGCGAUGGAUCAACCAGACCGGCUGGGGAGAUGGCGUUGCCUGGUUUACUGGUCUGGUACAGGCUGCGUAUGGGCUUACUGCCUUUGAUUCGGCGGUUCAUCUCGCGGAGGAGAUUCCCGCACCGCGUAAAAACAUCCCGCGCGUCAUAUGGCUCUCGGUCGUUCUUGGAGCUGUCACAGGCUUUAUCUUCAUGGUGGCUUGCCUGUUCUGCAUCCAGGAUCUCGACACUGUCCUGGACCCCCCGACUGGUCUUCCCUUUAUGGAUCUGGUGCGCGGGGCCGUCGGGCUGCAAGGUGCUGCAGUUCUUCUGUCCUUGUUCAUCUUCAAUGGGAUGGGUCAGGCCGUGAGCAUCGUCACGACUUCCUCUCGCCUGACUUGGGGUUUCGCCCGGGACGGCGGUCUGCCCUGGAGCUCUUUCUUUUCCAACGUCAACGACACCUGGAAGGUGCCAGUUCGCGCCUUGUGGCUGCAGGGGGGGAUUAUUGGGCUUAUCAGCGUGCUCUACAUCUUCGCCAAUACGGUGCUCGAGGCAAUUCUGAGUGUCAGCACGGUUGCCCUGACAAUCUCCUAUGCGAUGCCUAUCGUUACGCUGGUCAUUGUCGGUCGUGACAAGCUCCCACCUGGCGAAUUCACUCUGGGUCGAUUUGGCCCUGCGGUCAAUUGGAUCUCAAUCAUCUACUGCACGAUUACGAGCGUCUUCUUCUUCUUCCCCCUGGACCCUAAUCCAGCACCCGCCGAUAUGAAUUAUGCCGUUGCUGUUUUUGGAGUCAUGCUGGUUGUUACUUUGUGCUUUUGGGUUUUGAAGGGACGACACACGUAUCUUGCAACUCAUGAUGCAGCGCAGCGGAUCAUUGACGCGCAGAAUGCUGAAGUGGUUCUUCCACCAGCGUUACCAACAAAAAUAUAA